AUGGCCUCUUUGUUGCACUGCUCAGGAGCUCCGGUGAUGCUCAGCAACUGGAGCUUCUGGUUUACACCGCCAUCCGAAAGCGCCGACGGCUGCGUGCGGCCGCUGCAGAGUUGGAACUCCAGCCGCCAUCAUUGGACUCAGUGUCCUUUUACGAUGACACAGGCAUUUACUGGGCCCUACAGCUCGAGAAAGCCGAAGA